AUGAACUCCACUAAGCAUGUCUCGAGAAGUGAAUUAUACGAUGACAAUUUGAGUUCUCCAUCAUCGUCCACUGAGUGGAAUGAAGCGAUAAUACCCGAAUUUGAAUAUGUCUCAGUCGUCAAGACUGGCGAAGAUGAUCAAAAGGAAUCCACCGAAAAUGCACAAGCUAAUGAGGAGUUCGACUUCCCUCUGUUUUCUUUUGGAACAACCAUGGAAAAUGUAGAUCGAGAUAGCUCGCUCGAAAAUCCAGAUGAUGACGAAGGAAGGGGAAGAACGUCUACACGACUCAUCAAAGUGUCACUGCGGGAGCCGUCUCCAGAAUUUUUCAAUAAUGAAAGGCAUCGCAGCUUUUAUUUUGCAGAUUAUACGGAAGAAGAUCUUGAGAAAUUCAAGAACAGCGCUAUAGAUUAUGAACUUGCAACUAAAGAGCACAAAUUCCUGGGAAAGUACUCGAUACCUGGCCGUAAAAGUCGUGUUCUAUGUCUGGAGGAACAUAACGAAAAGAUAGAAACUGAACGUCUCAAAGAGCUCAAAAGGAGGAAUAGAAGGUCUGGUAAAAAGCAGCGAGAGGCAAGAAAACUGGGAUUAGAACGCGUGAAACAGCGAUUGGAGGAUGCUAAAGCUGUAAGAAAGCUGAUGAAGAAGAAGUUCCACAAGCGUGGUGGUAAAAAAAACAAAAAGCGGCAGAUUUACCUGUUAAACCACAACCGCGACUGCGCACAGAAUGAGUCCGUAAAUUAA